GUAGCCACAGAUCCGCCUGGGCGCAGGACAGAGCGGCUAACAAGGUCUCCAGCUGACGAGAAACGCAAACAGCGCACCGCACUCGCGACCGACAUGGCUGUAGCGGCGCCGCCAUCCAAACCGCAAGACAGCGUCGGCUUCUGGAAGACGCGGUACACGCUGCUGGUGCUGAACCUGGUGGGGCUGGCCAUCAGCUACGCGACCCGCGUCAACCUGUCCAUGGCCAUCGUCGACAUGGUCAACAACACGGCGCUGCGCGAAAUCUACUCCUCUGAAGUGGACACGGAGCUGGAGAAUCUGGGCAUAGCCGACUGGGCUGACCGCAAGGACGGGCAUUUCAUCUGGGACAGACAGGAGCAAGGCGAGCUGCUGGCUGCCUACUACUACGGUUACGCGGCGGGCCACAUCCCCGGGGGCGUGAUGGCCGACCGUUUCGGAGGUAAAAUCGUCUUCGGGCUCGGUAUCUUCAUCUCGUCCAUCCUCACAAUCCUGACUCCUGCGUCAGCGUGGGCUGGCUAUUACGUCCUUUUUGCCAACAGGAUCGGACAGGGAUUUAUUCUGGGUGGCGUUAUACCAGCGAUACAGACAGUUAUAUGUCGAUGGGCCCCUGACCACGAGAGAAGCAAGUUUUCCGUUAUCUAUGUUGGCGUGUUUGGAGGGACGCUGAUCUCAAUGGCGCUGACGGGCGCGCUGUGCGUGACGUCUGUGGGCUGGCCGCUGGCCUUCUACUUCUUCGGCGGCGUCGGCCUGCUGUGGUGCGUGCCGUGGUGCUUCUACGUCGCGGACUCCCCAGCCCAGCACAAGCACAUCGACCCUGCGGAGCGCUACUUCAUAGAGGCCAACAUACAGUCCAGCGCCAAGAAAAAACUGCCCAUUCCCUGGAAGAGCAUCUUGACGUCUCCAGUGCUGUGGGCCUUCGCUGCACUCUUUGUCACCUUGGACUGGACGUAUUACCUGCUGAUCACGUCGCUGCCACAAUACGUCGCCAACGUUCUGCACUUCAACAUAGAAAGUAAUGGACUGCUGUCCGCCAUUCCACAAAUCGCCGCGGUGGUGGGGAGCCUGCUCUUCGGCUGGCUGGGCGACCCGUGGUUCAAGAAGGGCUACAUAUCCAAGCUCAACGGGUUCCGCCUCAUAAACGGACUGAACACCCUGGUGCCGGCCGCCACGCUGAUCGUGGUGACCCUGGUGGACGACACGGCCGUGGUCGUGACCAUGCUGGCCAUCAGCGGCUUCUGCCUGUCCACCUACUGCGCGGGGCCCUACAUGAACAUGCAGACGACCUCGCCCAACUACUCGGGCACCAUGACGGGCAUCGUCAACAGCAUCGCCAACCUGACGGGCAUCGCAGUCCCUUACGUCGUCGGAGCCUUCACGAACGCCGACAGGACGCGAUCAGGAUGGGACGCAGUGUUCUACCUGUCAGCAGGCCUGGCCGUGGCAGGCUACACCAUCUACGCCACGUGCACCAGAGCCGAGGAGCAGCCGUGGAACACGCCCCCUCCAGGCGAGCAACCCAAAGAAAACUGCGAAAGAGGAGUCGACAACAUUACCUUCGAUGGUGAUCAGAGAUCUCCGAGCUCUUCUAUUAAAGCCAACCAUCACACUGUAGAAAAUACCACGUCGUCUUCUAUUACAGCGAACCAGCACACUGCAGACAGUACCACAUCCUCUCCUGUUAAAGCCAACCAGCACGCUGUAGACAGUGCCACGUCUGUACCUGUUGUUUAGAGCAAGUACAAAGGACCGCUAACCCGUAUCGGGAUGAACGAUCUGAACUGAUGUUCAGAGAAUGGAAGCAUUUAGAUGCUCGUGUACAUAUUAAAUACUCAUUUACUCCAGUUUAAAUUAUGUUGAAGUCUCUAUACAGUCGCAUACAUCAAUUUUUGUAGUUCCUUCAAGACACGUAUCUGGUGCGUGUAAAUUUAGUAACGUUUACAGUUUAGCAUUAUACGUAGUGUAAGCGUCUUAUUUCCAAGUUUUCUAAUGUACUUUCACGGAGUGUAGCUGCCAUUUUCCAUAUCAGUUUCGUAGGCAUUCCAGAGGUCUUUCUAAUGUUAGAAAUAUGGCCCAAAUUGCAGCAGCCUAGAUUAUAGCCUAUGGCCCUAAAUCUGUCAGUAUUAUUUGUAGUAGUUGUUAUAUUUCGCUAUUGCCGACAUAUUCGCGCAAGAUAUUUAGCAGCUUCGAUUAAUAGCGGGAACAACCAAUCAAUUACAGGAACAGUUCCGGCAAUUGAUUGGCUGUUUACUUUAUGAUCGAAGCUUUCCCGCGGUUGCUCUUAACAGCCAUUUCAAAGAUUAUGAUAUUCAGCAGCAAUGCUGAAAUUAAAAAUUUAUCCUUUAUUUUACCGCCACAGUGGCAUAUUUAUUUUUUUCGAUCAAUGUUUUACCAUCUUCAGAGCAUAGUAGUUCUGUAAGCAAAACUUCGUAUCGCUAUGGAACUACGCAUCAGACUCCACUGUUCUGAAACUGAUCAAAUAUUAAUAGAAAAUAGUAGUCAUAAAAAUAAAUGUCCAACUGAUUCAGUGAAAUAAAGGAUAAAUUUUAAAGCUGUUACGUUUAGUGGCACUGUGUAUCUUAUAACGGCAGUUAACAACCGGAGCCUAUUUGAUUACUGUCACGAAUCUCAUUUGUAACUAUCCAUGACAUACCUCAUCUUCUCAGCAUAAAAUAAUUUAAAAGAAGCAAGAAUACUAUCUGCAAAACUGUAUUACUGACCUUCUGUGUGUGAUGGAAUUCAAAGCAUCACUCGUUGUCCGCUCUAGUAGCAAGCAUUACAACUACAAUAUCACAUGAAAGUAACAGUAUAAGUGUAAGUAGAAUCAUGUAAAACACCCCAACGUAAGUGCGAUAUAUACUUACCCUAACAACAAUGUAUAGACGAUAUCCGCCGCAUUUGUCCGAUCUGUGUUUAUUGUGUUCAAUGUGUGAAGUGUAUGUAGUGAAAUAUGAUCAUUGUAUGUCAACCGUUGUGGUAUAUUUAUACUGUUACGAAUGGCUCCUGUAUACAGUGAGUGAAAUUUUUGUACAUAAUUUAUAUCAAUAAAUAAAAAACCUAAAAAUUGAA